AUGAAUUUUACGGAAAAGUACCAUCCGUCAUUAUUGGUAAGCAGAAGACUAAAGAGGAGAAAUCAUGAUAUAACUGUUAAAAAUAAUGACUCUCUCCCCAUUUAAAUUGGAACAAAUAUACGGAAAUUUUCAUUUUUUUUGCACCUAGCCCUUUAAAUACGAGCAAAUUUUUUUUAAAUAGUAUUUUUUAUAGGUAAAAAUAAACGAAUUUGACCUAAUUUAAUAGGAAAAGUGCAGCGGUGAAUAUUAUUUAAACGGUUUCACAUAAAUCAAUAAGUUUUUGAAUUAAUUCAUUUUAAAAUAAAAUUAUUGGACUAAAUUUAUAUCUUUUUAAUUUUUAAAAAAUUUUUUAUAAAUGAGUUUUAUAAAAACAUUUAGCCCCCUUUAAAUUGGAACUUAAAAUUUCGUUCCAAUUUAAAAGGGGAGGAGUAAAAAUUUAAUGUAAAUAGUUUUAUAUUGCGUAUAUUUAUCAUAAAUAAUAUAUGGAAACUGUAUGAAAUUUUUGAUGAGCAUAAGAAGUUUGUCUUGAAUAAAGAAAAACUAUUAUUAUUUAGUCCAAAAAGAACAAAGCAUAGAAAUGCAAGAGAGACUGAACAAGCAUCUGCUGAUCUUUCACAAGAGUAUCCCUACAAGAAAUCAAGCCCAGAAGUUUGCAAACCAUUAAAAAUUCCAGUGCAUGAUCUUAUUCGAGAAAGCGGAAUGAAAAGGAAUUGUGGGCUGAAUGAAAAUUCUAUAUACAAAAUUACAACUGCAAAGAUUUGGAAGAAAAAUCCUCUACAAAUUAUGACUGAUUAUAAAUUUCAUUAACAUUAAUUAUUGUUGUGCAUUGAUCCUUUUUGACACAAAGCACACCGGCCAUAUUAUGAUUAUUUUCGUAUCCCAGACUUAGGAAAAUACGGAACUGGCUAUCAGUAUGACCUUUGCACUUGUUCUCAAAAAGGGCCAAUGCACAAUAUGAUUUUGGUAGUAGUAAAAUUCCGAAUUUAGUGGUAAAAAUAAAUAAGGAAUGAUAAAAUAAAUUAAUUUAAAGAAACUAUAAAUUAAUCACCAGACUCAAGAAAUUCAAAAGAACUUUUACUCCUAGCCAUAGCAAAAAUCCUACAAUUAGGUCACUAUCUCCAUUUCAAGCAACAGUCCCAAAAACUCCUGAAGGCUGGAAAUUUACUCCGCUUUUCAAAAUUAAAAAUGCCAGAUAGGGGUAAGGCUCAGGUCUUACUUCCAGCUCAUAAGAGAAAUACACCGACUUCUUGAAAGUUUCGACUCAAGAGAAUGGGUCUACACUGAGUCUGGUGUAGAUCAGAGAGGUCCUAAGGGGUUGAGGACAGAAAUAGGUUGACGGUUAUGCUGAAUCGCUUACUAUUAUUCAAAGCUGUAGUCCAAGCUGAGGUCAGGAAUUACAAGAUUUGAAGAAUUAUCUUAAACUUAAAACUCCGCUUUAA